AUGCCUGGGGACCGAGAGGCGUCAGCGGCAGCAGCUGACGAGCCGAGAAAAGGCAACCCCGCAAGCGCUAUUGGGGAGCGCGCUGCGGAACAGAACGCGGAUGCGGGUGCAGCUCGUGGGAAUGCGAAUGACGUCCAUGCCCUUCAAACAAACCACGAAAUUAACGCCGAACCUGUUCUACCAGAGGAUACUGUCGAGGCUAAGACUAAGGAUGCGGCCAAGGCUGGAACUGCCAAGGCUGGAACUGCCAAGGCUGGAACUGCCAAGGCUGGAACUGCCAAGGCUGGAACAGAUGACGCGACCAAGUCUGCGACAGAGGACGCUGCCGAGCUGGUGGUUGAUUCCGAGCCGGUUGUUGUUCCGAAACCCGCGGAGGAAGGGGUGGUGCAAGAAGAGCAAGAGGAAGACCCGUUGGAUGCGUUUAUGAAGUCUCUACCCACCCAGAAAUCGAACCCUCGGGGCGAGGUUCUUUGGGAGGAGGACAUCGAGCCUGUUCCCCGAACGCCCACCAAACGAAGUCUGAACGAGCGCGAAGUGGAGGAUGAAGAUGCAGACGACAACGAGCUUGUUCGAAUCAAACGGUCAGAGCUGGCAGAGCUCAAGGCCGCCAAGAAGCGCAGGCCAGAAGUCCUGAAAGAGAAGCUGCCGAGCGCCGACGAAGAAGACUCCGACGACGAUGAGGAAGAUGAAGAAAAGCGGCGAAUAACCAUUCCGUCGUCUUUCGACUGGAAUGCCAUGCUUGCCCGGAGCGCCCGGCCGCCGCCUGUUACAGCAUCAGUAUGCAAAAAAUGA